GGGGCGCUGGCUUUUGCGCCGAGCACCGACUGCCGCGCGGGAACCCGUAUAGGCCGGUGUCAAGCUCCCGGUUCAGAGGGCUUGGCGACUCCCGAGAGGAAGAGGCGGGCUCGAGGACGGCUUUUCCUGCCUCCUCCUGAGGCGAGCGGCAGAGUAGCGCAGAGUCUCGGCAGGCAAGCCCGCGCGCCACCUUCCGGGGCUGGCCCUCCGUGGAGCUGCGGCCCGGGCGGGGCGUGCGGGACUAGGGGCUCGGUACCGCAGUUGAUCAAGGCCGCCAUCUCCCACGCUGACCCAGAGCCACCCAGCUGACCGAAAUAGCCACCCACGUGACCCGAGGCAGCCCCACUCACACUCGACUUAACCGGUGCAGCUCCGGCUCCAUCAGGUACAGGAAGCACCUGGGCGGAGGUCUCCUUCAGCAAAGCCAGAGAUGGCAUCAGUGGACUUCAAGACCUACGUGGAUCAGGCCUGCAGGGCUGCCGAGGAGUUUGUCAAUGUCUACUACACCACCAUGGAUAAGCGGCGGCGUCUGCUGUCCCGCCUGUACAUGGGCACAGCCACCCUGGUGUGGAAUGGAAAUGCUGUUUCGGGACAAGAGUCCUUGAGUGAGUUUUUUGAAAUGUUGCCUUCCAGUGAGUUCCAAAUCAACGUGGUAGACUGUCAGCCUGUUCAUGAUGAAGCUACCCCAAGCCAGACCACAGUCCUCGUUGUGAUCUGUGGAACAGUGAAAUUUGAAGGCAACAAACAACGAGACUUCAACCAGAACUUUCUCCUGACCGCCCAGGCCUCGCCCAGCAAUGCAGUGUGGAAAAUAGCAAGUGAUUGUUUCCGGUUCCAGGACUGGGCCAGCUAGUAGGGCGGGAAAGGCCUCUGUUUCAGCCCCAGCUCUGGAGGGAAACUCAGACCUCAAAAUGUAAGGACACAAAUUCCUGUUUGUUGUUGCAGCUAUACCACCCAGGCUGAACUCUGCAUUUGCUUGAGUUCAGGAAGCCCCUUUCUGAGUGUAAAGUUGUUGAUCAUAGUUGCCUUUUCAUAGUAGUAAAAUUUUCUAUUUUUCUACUUGCCUGAUAGAGACCCUGGUUCUAGAAAUUCUGACAAAUAAAACAAUAAUACAAAUGUU